UCACACACACAGCCGGCCACACCGCCAGCCAGCCUGCCAGCUCUCUCAGACGGUUCACAGCCGGGCCAGCACGAGGAGGGGUCGCGCUUCUCUCUCCCUCUCACCGCUCUCCCUCCUGUCUGGCACCGUGUAAAUUUAGUCUGUGCGUAAACCAGUCCUCGCCCUUGCCUCCGCCUCCUCUCCCUGCGGCCUCUACCUCUCCCUCGCCCUCACAGCUACCAGAGUAAGGGACCCACCACCACCACCACCACCAUGCCGGGUAAGCGAAUCCCAACCAGCGAGACGACGGAGGCGCUGACGGCGGAGCUGGAGCCCAUGACGCCGACGGGGGAGCAGGCGCCGGAGAAGCAGGACCCGGAGAAGACGCAGCUCAAGAAGGAGUUGGGGUUGUUAGAAGGCGUGGCCAUCAUCCUCGGCAUCAUUGUGGGCUCAGGCAUCUUCAUCUCGCCCAAGGGAGUGCUGAAGGAGACGGGCAGCGUGGGCAUGUCGCUGGUGGUGUGGGUGAUGUGCGGCCUCAUGUCCAUGGUGGGCGCGCUGUGCUACGCCGAGCUGGGCACCUCCAUACCUAAGAGCGGUGGGGACUACGCCUAUAUCAACACCGCCUUCGGGUCGCUGCCUUCCUUCCUCUUCCUGUGGGCCGCCAACCUUAUCUUCGUGCCCACCACCAACGCCAUCAUGUCCCUCGCCUUCGCCAAAUACGUAAUCCAGCCUUUCUUCCCGAGUUGCGAUAUGCCAGACUCAGCCAUCCGUCUCAUCGCUGCGCUGGCCAUAUGCUUCCUCACGGCCCUGAACUGCUGGAACGUGCGGGUCACCACCAAGCUGCAGGACUUCUUCAUGGUCACCAAAAUCGGGGCGCUGCUCUUGGUCAUUCUGGCGGGACUCAUCUACUUGAUCAUGGGCAACACCGAGAACUUCCACAACUCCUUCCAAGGGACCAGUACUGAGCCGGGGCAGAUCGCUGUUUCCUUCUACUCCGGCAUCUUCUCCUACGCUGGCUGGAACUACCUCAACUUCAUGACGGAGGAGCUCAAGAACCCCUUCGUCAACCUGCCGCGGGCCAUCUACAUCUCCCUGCCGCUGGUCACGCUCGUCUACGUGCUGGCCAACAUCGCUUACCUGGCCGUGCUCACACCUGUCGACAUGCUGGCCUCGGACGCAAUUGCUGUGACCUUCGCCGACCGCCUCAUGAGCCACGGCAGCUGGGUCAUGCCGCUGCUGGUCGCCCUCUCUGCCUUCGGAGGACUGUCGGUGCACAUCAUGACCUCCUCCAGGUUGUGUUUCGUGGGCGCAAGACAAGGACACUUCCCAGACAGCCUCGCCCUCAUCAGCUGUCGAUGCAACACUCCGAUGUCUUCGCUUAUCUUCCUGGGCCUGUUGUCGCUGGUGUACCUCAGCACGACGGAUAUCUACCGCCUCAUCGACUAUGCCAGCUUUGUGGAGAGCAUGUUCAUCCUCUGCAGCAUUGCCGGCCUCCUCUACAUGCGCUGGAAAUAUCCCGACAUGGAGCGGCCCAUCAAAGUCCACCUCGCCGUUCCCAUCGCCUUCCUGUUGGUGUGCGGGUUCCUGGUGUUCCUGCCGCUCUAUGUCCGGCCCUACGAGGUUGGCAUGGGGCUGCUCAUCACCGGCUCUGGCAUCCCCGCUUACUUCCUCUUCAUCUAUUGGGAGAACAAGCCACGACUGAUCAGGAGAUGGCUGGACAAGCUCACGGUUGGGACGCAGCUGCUCUUCAUGUCGGUGAAAACGGAGUGAGGAGGAGAAAAAGAAAAGAUCAGACCACCAUGAUAAUGCCAGGAUGACAGCUGCCAAUAUGAGUGUGUGUGUGUGUGUGUGUGUGUGUGUGUGUGUGUCCCUCAUAUCAACGCGUGGCCUUCACCUGCCUCUCAUGCCCUUGGUUCUGGCUCUCCCUGUGCAUCCCGGCAGUGACAGAAAGGAAGGUCGUUCUCGCUGGAAGGUUUCGCCGCUUAAGAUGUUCCAAACUUUUCCUUCUUGGUCCCUGAGUUGUAAGCUUCUGCCGCCGCCGCCGCCGCCGCCGCCCCACGUGACAUUCAUGCCUUUGCUCAAGCCGUGUGUGUGUGUGUGUGUGUGUGUGUGUGUGUGUGUGUGUGUGUGUGUGUGAGAGAGAGAGAGUGAGUCAGGUGGUUGGUGGGCCACAGCGGGUGGUUGUCAUAGCUUGUGUUGAUGCCCGUGCCAGCAGCAGCGGUGGGCAGCACAGCACCGGGGCGGCAGCACUCAGCGUGUCCCCAGUACUCUGGCUUCUGUCUAGACGAGGAAUCUGUGAUAUUUCAGGAUGGGAAAUGUCAAAGAAAUUAAUUUUUAUUAUUAUUCUUGUUUUGAGUGUCAGUUCAAGAUAUUUUAAGUUUGUACAUAGAGUCUUACAAGUCUACUUAAAAUAGAAGCUGAGAGCUUAAUGAAAAAGGUUGAAAUUGGUGAAUUUACUAUAAAUUAUAUGUGAUGAAUCCCGGUGAUGGUGUUGUCGUACAGUGGCUCCGGCAGUUCAGUGUUUAGUUACAGCCUGCCACGGGAGCCUGAAGCCCCGUACACACUGUGCCGACUCUGGGCCACGACUACCCACGACUCUAGGGUACACGAGGUCUUGGGUGUUGAUGUGAAAGGGUCGGGCAUGCCUUGAAAGAGAUCUUGAGACUGUUGCCAAGUGCUGCGCCGACGUCGUGAUGGGAGUCUGGAGUCGUGAGGGUUAGCACGACCAGCUGGCAACUAGUUGACCGAAUGUACCAAACAGUCAGCAAGAAACCAAGACCCCAAUAAAACCUCCCCCCCUUCUUGGAGCGUGGGAACCAACUUGUCAAAUGGAAGAGUCGCUGGGUUGUCGUGGCCCAGAGUCAGCACAGUGUGAACGGGGCUUAAGGGUGAGGGAGGCGGCAGGAAACAAUCAUAGCCUCUGGUGCCUCAGCCUGGUGGUGGCAGCCCUGGUGAGGAGGGACAUGUGCAGCGAUGCCAAAUUAUCGUACUCAGCGCAUUGCAUCGUCGAAGUUUCUGGUCGAUAACUAUAGCAAAAAAUACGAAAACCAUCAGUAUUUAGCAGUUUCAACGAUGACUUUAAUUUCCUAUCGUUGUUUGUGUGGUUACGACAGUCUUGGCGCCUAAAAAACAACAAUGUUCAGAGUACGACAAUUUGACAACGCUGGACAUGUGACAGGCUGUGGUGCGUCAGGAGAGGUCACAAAGAUGGCUGUUCAUGUAUAUCUUGCUACAGUGAACCAGCCGUGUGUGUGGAGCCUUGAGUGUGUGUCUGCCUGGGCUCGGGUGUCUCUAGUGUGCAUCACCAGCCCGCCGCCCUGAGAGAGGACUGCAGGUGGAGGCAGCUUGGUGUGAGGUGGUGGCCUGGUGGUGAUCCAACAUGUCUUCCUUGUACUGGGCCUUAGAGGGUCAGUGGCUGCCCGGGUCACUGCCCACCACCUGCCCUGCCAGUGAUAUACUUGGUGGCAGAGGAGGGACCGGUGAUGAUGAAAACAGCAGCAUAGAGAAGAAGAUGAAGAAAACGGAGAAGAAAAAGAAGAUGCAGAUGGAGAAGAAGAACAAGGAAAGAAGAAGAAAAGAUGCAGAUGGAGAAGAAGAACAAGGAAAGAAGAAAAAGAAGAUGCAGAUGGAGAAGAAGAACAAGGAAAGAAGAAAAAGAAGAUGCAGAUGGAGAAGAAGAACAAGGAAAGAAGAAAAAGAAGAAGAUGCAGAUGGAGAAGAAGAACAAGGAAAGAAGAAAAAGAAGAAGAUGCAGAUGGAGAAGAAGAACAAGGAAAGAAGAAAAAAAGAUGCAGAUGGAGAAGAAGAACAAGGAAAGAAGAAAAAGAAGAUGCAGAUGGAGAAGAAGAACAAGGAAAGAAGAAAAAGAAGAAGAUGCAGAUGGAGAAGAAGAAGGAAGGAAGAAGACAGUAGAAGAAGAGGAAGAAGAUGAAGAAGGUGAAAAAAAAGGAAAAAACGAAGAAGCAGAAGUAGAAAAAGAAGAAAAGUUGCCUCCUCCCGAAACUGACCUCUCUUUUGGCCACUUCCCUUGACACAGUUCAUAGAAGCAGCAAUUUCUGGACUUUUUUUCAUCAUUGUUUCCUAUUUGUUUUUGCCCUUGCGCCAUUUCCUUUGCUGUAAAAAAAAAAAAGAUAUUUGAACCAGACUUUUGCUUCUCGAGGGAUAUUUUUUAAAGGGCCUCGCAGCUUUCAUUUGGGGUUGUUGUUUUGGUUUAAUUAUACAGAUUCUGAGCCCAAGGGAGUAUAUUUUCAAAGGCUUGCUCUUUCGUCACCCCUCUCAGCUCUCAGCCUUCAGCCACUCAAGGGAUCCGAAGGUGUGCCGGAAGUGUUGUCAUGCUUCCCAGACCCCUACAGGACCAGUGUGCAUGUGUGUGUGUGUGUGUGUGUGUGUGUGUGUGGUGUUUAUAUUAAUUUGUGUAUAUUUUUACGGUUCUUCUUCUCUCGCACGAGUUCACGACGGCGGUAUUUGUGGUCUGAACGGCAGUCGCUCAAGGCUCAGGUGCAGUCAUUAGUGUUAUCUUUAUUAUUGUUAUCAUUAAUGUCAUUCUUCUGAUAUUUCUCUUUUUUUCUUAAUUUUUUCUUCUUUUUUUCCUUCUUCCAUCGGUGUUAUUCUUCCUAUGCUUCUCCUUUUAUCUUUCCCCAUCUUUUUCUUCUUUUUCUUCUUCUACUUCUUCAUUUUUUUCCUAUUUUUCACCUCCAUUUUCUUCUCCUACUUCUCCUUUUCUCAUUCCCUAUCUUUUUCUUCUUUUUCUUCUUCUGCUUCUUCAUUUUUUUCCCAUUUUUCAUCUCCUUUUUCUUCUACUUCUUCAUCACCUACAUCUUUCCUUGUUCUACUUCUCCAUCUGCAUCUCCUUCCUCUUUUCCUUCUUCAUCUGCAUCAUCAUCAUCUCCUCCACCUCCCCCUCCUUUCUCUCCAUCAUAACCAUUACAUAACAACUAUUACAAAUCAGUUAUACCACAUUUUCUAGCAAGGCCAUAUCACGCGCUCCAUAUAGCCUGCACAGGUGAGGUACAGCGGACCCAAAUGAAGCGAAGGUAUUUCUAGCUAAUGAAGGACAGGUUGGGUGACUCGCUAGGGUAGGAGAGUGUGUGUAGGCGCUGCUCAGAGUCUAUUAUUCAUCGAUCUAUUCUUCUAUCAUGUUUUCUUUGGGGUCGGCCGGUGAGGUGAUGGCAGUGGCUGGUGUGAGUGAUGUAUGGUAAUUGUUAUAUAACGCGUUUUUAAAUAAAAUAAUAAAUGCUCGUUUUUA